UGUUAAAUACUUACUUUGACAAGCAAAGAACAAUUUAUUGUGGAAAAAACAUGCUUGCAACUUUACCUUGCUUCUCUCUAUCACAGCCUAGGGUGCUUCCUGAAUUGAUGGUUGACAACAAAUGUGUACAGUUGCCUUAAUACAGCAGGCUCGAUCAACUUACUGGCUCAUACCCACUCUCCCCCAAUAUGAAUUGUUUGUUCAUCUUGUGAGUUUACCUUAAGUACAGGUGAAACAUUACAUUGGGAAAUUAUUGGUUACAUUUUUGUUUUAAUGGGCAUCCUUUGCUCAGGCCAGUAAAUGGUAACCGGACGUAACCUGACGAAAAGUCACUCAAAGAGAAUGGCGGAGACAAUGAAUGAACUGUUAGAUAUUUUACUACAGCCAAUAGAUAACAUUAAGCAUUAGGCCUACAGUAACUAGGCCUACUUACAUCUUAUUUCUGUCUUCCUCUUUCAUCUCAUCAUCAAUAAUAUGGUUUAAUAGCCUCCGUAUUUUAUAUAGGCCUAUAUGUUGUGAAAUGUAGGCCUAUAUAUUUUAAUUUCAUGCCAAGUUCAAUUGCAUUUCCGUUAGCCAAUUAAUGGACGGAUUAAAUUCUGAUAUGUGCAUUGUUUUUCUUGGAUAGCUUGCUUUGUAUACAAAAAAAAAAAAAGUAUUUUCCCUAAAGAACAGCAAAAUAACUUGGUUAUGUUCAAGGUUAGGGUAAGCCCUCCCUCCCUAAAAAGUGGCUUUCUGGUGGAAGCACUGAAGGCUAAACUCAUAUUAUGUGCGUUGCGCGCUCUGCUUAUGUGUCGGCCGGGGCGUGCGGAUCAAUUUUUUUUAUCAAUAAUGCCAACCGUGCGAAUAAUUAAGAGAACAACAUAUAGGAUAGGCCUGCCUAUUUAUGCAGGUCUUUGGGCCAACUUUAUUAAACUCCAAUGAUUGCCUGGUUUGCAAUGCGCUGUUGACGACUGCAUCGUUUUACAGGAUUAUGAUGUCCAAAGGUGCGGAGCAAAAAUGUGAAGCGGAUGGGAGCUUAAUCCGGUCGUCUUUCGGGAAGAUAGAUGACUGACGGUUUGCAAAGCGGAGUCUUUGCUUUCGGACUUGUACAAUCUAGGAACAACUGAAUGGGCAGCAGUGGAUGGUUUUACUCAGAUUUAUUUUCUAGUUUUGAUAAGCAUGUGGCGACCACGCGUUUUGAUUGUUCGUCUGUUUAGAAUUACUUUCAUGGCAAUAUUUAAAAGAUAGGCCUAAAUAAGACUUCAACAGGGACAUGGCGAAGCUUCUGCUGCAUAUUGUGAUAACUACCCUCAUGUCAGACUUAUCCGGUGCCACAACAACGACAAAAAAAGCUCAAGCGGCCCUCUUGGCUCUAAACGGUAGCCGGGGGCGGUUUAAAACCAAGAUGGCCGCUACAGGUGAAGACUGCCCUUCACAAGGAAGGUUGAAGCUGUGUGUUUGGCCUCCUGUGGGCGUUCUAGUGAAAAACAACUCGGGGGUGACUCCGGCCGGGCAGUGCGGGGACUGGGUGAAGGAGCUCAGCGGCGGCUCUUUCACCUCCCCCAACUACCCCGAGAAAUACCCUGCCGACAGGGAGUGCAUCUACAUCAUAGAAGCGUCUCCCCGCCAGUGCAUCGACCUGUUCUUCCUGGAGCGCUACUCCAUCGAGCCGUCCUGGGACUGUAAGUUCGACCACAUCGAGGUGCGGGACGGGCCCUUCGGCUUCUCGCCCAUCAUCGGCCGCUACUGCGGCCAGCAGAGCCCCGCCUACGUGCGCUCCAGCGGCCGCUACCUCUACAUCAAGUUUGUGUCGGACGGGGAGCUGGAGGCCACCGGCUUCUCCGCCCAUUACAACUUCACCCAAGAUCCAGAAUUCAAAGGCCUUGGAGAGCUCCCGCCCCUGCCUUUUUGUGACUUCGACAUGGUCGGUCCUGAAGGCUACGUGGAGUCGGCCGCGAUAUCAGCAGAGAGUCGGGCCCUGCCCACCGAGGCUGUGGACUGCAGGUGGUACAUCCGUGCUCCGCCCAAAUCUAAGAUCUACCUGCGUUUCCUGGAGUACGAGAUGCACAACUCCAACGAGUGCAAGCGCAACUUCGUGGCCAUCUACGACGGCAGCAGCUCGGUGGAGCACCUGAAGAACAAGUUCUGCUCCACAGUGGCCAACGACGUCAUGCUGGUCAACUCGGUGGGAGUGGUGCGCUUGUGGGCCGACGAGGGGAGCCGCAAGAGCCGCUUCAAGAUCCUCUUCACCACCUUCCACUCGCCUCCUUGUGAAGGAGACACGUUCUUCUGCCACAGUAACAUGUGCAUCAACAACACACUGGUGUGCAACGGUAUCCAGAACUGUGUCUACCCCUGGGACGAGAACCACUGUAAAGAGAAGAGAGUAUCGAGUAUCCUGGACACCCUGGAUCACACAAACCUCACCAUUAUCGCAGUGACCAUUAUCGGAGUGAUCAUCCUGCUGGUCAUCUCUGUCAUCAUCCAGAUCAAACAGCCGCGCAAGAAGUACAUCAUCCGCAGGGAUGACUUCGACCCCGCCUUGCUCCACCCGGGGUUCGAGCCGCCGCACUAUGAGCUCUGCACGCUGCGCCGCGCCCCGUCCCGCGAGCUCAGCGACGCGGACGCCGCCGCCGACUACGACCGCUUCCACACGCUGCUCCGUUCGUCCUCCCGCUGCAUCCGCGACCACCACUGCGGCUCGCAGCAGGGCAGCAUGCACGGGAGCAUGCACGGGAGCGUGCACGGGAGCGUGCACGGGAGCGUGCACGGCAGCCGCAGCAACCUGAGCCUGCGGGACGGCUCUGCCGCCAUCUUGACCGAUGGAGGCGGGCCUCUGGGUCUGGCUCCGCCCCCUCCUCCUCCUCCACCACCACCGCCUCUGCCGUUGCCCCCGGCGAUGCUGUUGGCCCAGCAGUCGCCGCGCAACGGCAUGUUGCGCCACACCGCGCCGGUGGGCCGACGCAGCAUGGUGAUGAACCACGAGGACGAGGAUGAGGAGGAGGAAGAGGACGAGGAGGAUGAGGAGGAGCUGAUGAUGGAGGACGACGGUGUACAUCACAGAGCGCCGCAUCACCACCUCCACCACCAGCACCACCACCCCGGGCAGCAGUACCACCACCAGGGAUUCUUCCCCAGCAUGGAGCAGAGCCACGCCCCACACCACGGAAUGUCCAACGACUACUAGGUGGAGGUGGAGGUGGUGGAGGAGAAGGAGGUGGUGGAGGAGGAGGAGAAGGAGGUGGUGGAGGAGAAGGAGGUGGUGGAGUAGGAGGAGGGGUAAGGGGAUGAGGAGGAGGUUGAGAAGGAGGAGGACAAAGACGUAUCUAAUUCCUAACAUAGACACAGGCUGGUGUCUAUGUUUUGCUUUAAAGGAGGAAGUGUGUUCUUGAAAAUGAUUUUGAUCUUCUGUUCUGGCUCGGUUCUAAUGAGAAGCUUGUGGUGAUAACUGCAACCGAAAACAAACCUUCCUGGUGGUAGUGAGGUUAGGAAAGUGUGUCGUUAUAUCUGAGGUUGCCCACCAAACAUGUACAUACAUUAAAUGUGGUUCUGUCAACUUCCUCUGCUGUUAUUUUAAAAUAUAUAUGUUUCCCCCUUUUUUCCUUUGAAAAAAAAUGACUGAAUGAAUGAUACGGACAGCUAUCCAUGUGACCCUGGGUAACACUUAUACUAUUUAAGUAUGCAUAAAUACACAUAGAGAAGGAAAAUUAGAGCAUAAAAGCAAUUCUGAUGUCUACAGCUUUGUCUCGGUUCCCUAAAUUAAAAAUCCUAUGUACAACAAGGCAACAAUUUACAUUUUGUUUAAAAAUGCAGAGCUAUCUAUCUAUCUCCUAAGCAUAGAUAACAAGUUAAUUUCUGAGGGACAGGGAAGGUGUCAUAGUUUUUGCAAUUUAAUUUUCUGUAUUUGUUGGUGUUUUAAACUUUUUUAAGUGGGUGAACCAAUCUUAUAUAUUUUGUACAAUUUACUUUAUCCUCCUUUCUCGAUUUUCUGAAAUAAAUGGUUACGUCUUCCCAUA